AGUAUGAGGUCCCUUGUUUUAUUCUCAACCAGCUGGGUACUCCUUACAGCUGUAGGAUUAUUGUUGCAGUAGUAUAUGCGGAAAUAUGCCCCUUUAUGAGGGUUUGGGGAGCGGGGGAGAGAAGACUGCUGUUGUUAUUGACUUGGGCGCAGCCUAUACCAAAUGUGGAUUUGCAGGGGAAACGGGACCAAGAUGUAUUAUACCGUCUGUAAUUAAAAAACCUGGCCUGACUCAGCCAAUACAAGUUGUUCAGUACAACAUCAAUACAGAGGAACUGUAUUCAUUGUUGAAGGAAUAUAUUCACAUGUUGUACUUCAGGCAUCUUCUAGUAAAUCCAAGAGAUCGGCGUGUGGUAAUAAUUGAGUCUGUUUUGAGCCCCUCACACUUCAGGGAAACACUGGCCAGAGUACUUUUCAGAUACUUUGAGGUUCCAUCUGUAUUGUUUGCACCUUGUCAUCUGAUGGCCCUCCUAACUCUUGGAAUCAAUUCAGCCCUAGUACUGGACUGUGGAUAUACAGAGACCUUGUCAUUACCUAUAUAUGAAGGAGUACCAAUUUUGAGUUGUUGGGAAGCCCUUCCUUUGGGAGGAAAAGCUAUUCACAAGGAGUUAGAAUCUGAGUUGCUGGAGCAGUGCACUGUUAACACAGGGACAGCCACAGGACAGUCUCUGCCAUCUGUUAUGGGUUCAAUUCCAGAAGAAAUCGUGGAAGACAUUAAAGUACGUGUUUGUUUUGUUAGUGACCUGCAGAGAGGACUAAAGAUUCAAGCAGCAAAAUUUAACCUUGAUGGUAAUGCUGAGCGUCCUGAACCACCUCCUGAUGUAGACUACCCACUGGAUGGAGAGAAGAUUUUACAAGUGAAAGGUUCAAUAAGAGACUCUGUGGUUGAAAUGCUGUUCGAACAGGACAAUGAAGAGAAAUCUGUCGCUACUUUAAUUUUAGACUCACUAAUACAGUGUCCUAUAGAUACAAGAAAACACUUGGCUGAGAACCUGGUAGUUAUAGGAGGCACAGCUAUGCUUCCAGGAUUCCUACAUCGAUUGAUGGCAGAAAUUAAACAUCUAGUGGAGAAACCCAAGUACAAAAACCUGCUUGCUACCAAAGUUUUCAAAAUACACACUCCCCCUGCAAAGCCAAAUUAUGUUGCCUGGCUUGGAGGAGCGAUAUUUGGUGCCCUCCAGGAUAUCCUAGGUAGCCGAUCAGUCUCCAAAGAGUACUACAAUCAGAUGGGUCGCAUCCCAGACUGGUGCUGUCUGAGUAGUCCACCCUUAGAAAUGAUGUUUGAUACAGGCAAAGCUCCUCCCCCGAUGAUGAAGAGAGCAUUUUCCACUGAGAAGUGAAAGCCCAUUGUGUUUUCUCUGUAAAGAAAUACUGGUAUACAUCAGAUGAACUUCCUUCUUGUAUAUGUAAAGCACAUCACAGAUAUUAAUAAACCUCCAGAUACUUGUAUCAAUCCAUUUGUGUUUUAAGUGAAUAAAUGAUAUGGUCUUAAUAAAGGUCAUAUUCUGAAAAUUUAA